AUGUAUUUUUUCCUAAGCAACCUGUCCUUCCUUGAUAUCUGCUACUCCAGCAGCUGGGAGCCAUAUGUCUCGGCCCAAUGCUUCAAGGAUUUCCCCACCAUCUCCUAUACCAGCUGUUAUGCCCAGAUGACCAUUGCUCUUUUUCUGGGGAUGACUGAGUGUCUCCUCCUUGCUGUCAUGGCUUAUGACAGGUUUGUUGCAAUCUCCAGUCCCCUGCAUUACACCAUCAUUAUGAACAACCAGGUCUGCAUACAGUUGGCCAUGAUGACCUGGGCCAGUGCCUUCUUUUUGGCAAUAAUACCAAUCAUUGCAAUUUCUGCUCGUUUUUGUGGACACAACAUCAUCAACCAUUUUACCUGUGAGGUCCAGGCCCUGCUGAAGCUCGUAUGCUCAGACACCCCAGUCAGUCUGAUUCUGGGUCUGGUCAUCAGUGUAUUCACACUGCCCUUGCCCUUCACCUUCAUUCUCAUUUCCUACUUCCGCAUUGUGGUUGCCGUGCUGAGGAUCCGCUCUGCACAGGCCAGGCUCAAAGCUUUCUCCUCCUGUGGAUCCCAUCUGACAGUGGUCGCCAUAUUUUAUGGGACAGCCAUUUAUAUGUACUUGAAACCUCAGUCAAAGAUGUCCCAGGACCAGGAUAAAGUAAUUUCUGCAUUUUAUGGUGGUGUGACUCCUAUGUUGAACCCCCUCAUUUAUACCUUAAGGAACAAGGAUGUGAAAAAUGCCCUAAGAAAAAUAAUUGGGAAGAAACAGUCCUAA